AUGCCAACAAACAAAGGCAUUGUAUGUGAUUAUUGUGCUGCGAAAGAUUUCGAAGGUUUACGAUAUUGCUGCGAAAUAUGCAAAAAUUAUGAUUUAUGUGAUGCAUGUUAUAAUAAUGGUGAAGAAAGUUUACAACAUUCAAAAUCGCAUCCAAUGAAUUGCAUAUCUGAACCAAUAAUUCGUCAAGUAAGUUCAAACUAUGCGAUAACAAUAUCUCUUGUAUAACUGAUGUGACGUAAUUUUUCACACUCGUUUGAAUUAGAAUAUGAUUAUGAUAGCUCUGAUACACAUUCUUCAGUAGAUUUCAGUUUUUGAAAAUUGCUUUGAAAUUAUAAUAAAAAAAACAUUUACAAUUCUAAUAGGUUAUUCAAAGAUCUGAAGCAUAAAAAUCUAAAAGUUCAAAAUUAAAGAAAGCUAAAAAAUGAAAGUACAAGCAAAAAUUUUCAAAACUAAAAGCAAUCCAAAAAUGCAAGCGUCUUUGUUCUCUUUCUGUAUUUUCAAUAUGCAGAUCAUCAAGAAAAAACGCUGAACUUGCAACAAAAGUUUUACUCAAUCAUUUUCAAUUAUUAAAAGUUUCUCAUUUUAUAAAGUACGAAUCAUAUCUUCUUCUUGUGGGAAAAAGAAUUACUUAAAAUCUAUAACUGCUCUUUUAUCUUGAGAUCGAUAAUAUGUUUACAGAAAUUCUUUCAGUCUAUGAGAAAACAUGCGUCAUCUUACAACAUCAGUGGUAAGAGCUAGGGAGUAAAAAUGAAAUUUUAAGUUGCAAAAUAUCGAUAUAGUUGAAGUUUCUUA